AUGGAACACAAUCGAAUGACGUGUCAUUUAUUAUUGCUAACAGUGCUGUUAGCAUACUCAGCCCAGGCCAUACAAAAUCAACCGGGACCCAGCUAUGGACCACCACAACGUUUUCCACAUCGUGAAUAUGGUGUGCCACAGAAAAUGCCUUUCCGUGAAUAUGGUCCACCUGCCUUGAAAUAUGGUCCACCCAAACUGAACUUUAUUGGUGGCGGCAGCAGCAGUUCUUCAUCUUCUUCGUCAUCCUCACUGCACGAACAAAUCAAGACUCAUUUUGGUGUGCCAAAACCAUUCUAUGGUCCUCCCCAUAAACCAGCUCAACAAUAUGGCCCUCCACCCAAGCAACAAUAUGGUCCCCCACCACCACAGCCCAAGCCUCAAUAUGGACCACCUAAGCCACAAUAUGGUCCUCCACCACCACAGAAAAUCCAACACAUUCCAGCUUCCUCAUAUGGUCCCCCACCCAAGCAACAAUAUGGUCCUCCACCACCACAAGCCUUGCCUUUGGUACAACCUGGCCCCCUCUUCAAACCUCAACAACAUCAGCCAGCCACUUCGUAUGGACCACCACCAUCAGGACCCCUGAAUCAACCACCCAAACAAUCUUAUGGCCCACCACCCGGUAACUAUGGACCACCACCAUUGCCCAAUUUCCAAAAGAUCGAAGAGACAACAAUUAUUUUGGGCAACAAUCAAAAUGGUCAAGCUCACCAUCAACACCAUCAUCAUGGCCAGGCCAAUGGUCAACAACAGGUUCAAAUCCAAAUUGAUGCUUCAGGUCAUACCCAUUCGAUUUCCGGUUCUCAAGCUCCUUUCCACACCGCUUGUGAUGGUUGGAAACCCAUACCUGCCCCUGCUGGUGCCUAUGUUGAAAAUAAUCACAUCGAUACACAAUCGGGUUACAGUCAGGUAUCACAAGGUUUCGGAGGAGCUUCUUCAUUCACCUCGACACAAUAUAGUUCAAAUGCUGGAGGUGCUAGUGGUGCCAUAGCAAGUGCUCAUACUGCAGGCGGCGCAACUGCUGGUGGAGAUUCUUCUUCGACUUUGACUUUGGGCAUUUCUGGUUCUGGAGGCAUUGAAGGUUUAACCGAUGAACAAUUGGUUGCUGUAGCCUUGCAGUCGGGUAAUUUCGAUAAUGACAAUAAUAUUCAUCAGGAAAUUCUACCUCAAGCUUUGCCCUCAACUGGUCCCGCCGGAGAUUUUAACAAACACAUUGGUAUCACGCCACUUGAAGCUCAAGCUCUCGAGCUCUCACUUGGUACCGAAGACGAUUCGUAUAGCAAACCUCCAGCUGAUUCCUAUGCUCCCGGUUCCGUACAUGCUGCCAAAUUCAGUGGCUCCAGUUCCUCCUCUUCCUCUCAUAGCUUCGGUAUUUCUGGACCCAGCGGCAACUAUGGUCCACCACCACCACCCAGAGGCAAUUAUGGACCCCCACCACCACCCAAGGGUAACUAUGGACCUCCUCCACCACCACCAAAGGGCAACUAUGGACCUCCUCCACCACCACCAAGCGGCAAUUAUGGACCUCCACCACCACCCUCAGGCCCUGGUGGCAACUUUGGACCCCCACUACCACCUCCAUCCGGCCCUGGCGGCAACUAUGGACCUCCACCACCACCCCAACAUAAUCACGGUGAAUUCAGUUCCUCUGCUGCUUUUGUCCAUCAUCAUGCUGAAGCUGGCCUAGGUAUUCAAUAUGGUAAACAGUCGGGUAAUGUUGGCAAUUUCCCACCACCAAAUGGUGCUCCACCAAGCAAACCAGUUGCAUUCCGUCCACCCGUACCACAGGGAUUAAUUGAAACAAUUGGCAACACUGUACAGCAUUUGGAUCAGUUUGGUGUUAAGCCAAAUAUUCAAAUACCCACAUAUAUACCACCGGCUGCCAAUGAAAUUCCACAAACUGGACCCGGUAAUUUGAACAUUGAAUAUGGAGCACCACCACAACAGCAACAACAGCAAUUGCCUUUGGCCAUAAUUGAACAACAAUUGCCGGUGCAACAGCCAGCUCAAGUAUUUGUGCAACAAAGUCAACAGCAGCAGCAACAGCAUCAUCAUCACCAUCAUCAUGAGCAACAACAACACUUCCAGCAACAACAACAAAAUAAUGUCCACAUUGAAUAUGGUGUACCACCUCCACCACAACCCCAACCACAGGGCAUUCCUCCACCACCACAAUAUUUGCCACCCGGCCCACCCCCACAACUGCAACAACAAUUUUUGCCACCUCUGCCCACAGGACCUCAACAGCAAUUUGCCAGUGGAUCCGGUGCCGGUGUAUCAUACACAUCAAGUGCCCAGGCUGCCUUUGAAAAUGCCUUCAGUGCCACACAAUAUAAUCAUCAAAUUGUCCAUAGCCAAGCCUUGCCAUUGCAACAAGAACAACCACGUUUCCACGAUUGCGGUCAUGGCCCCAAUUUAGUGGGCGGCGGAGGAGCCUUCAAUUACCAACAGCAGCAACAACAACAAGGCACUUCCAUAUCCCAAAGUAUACCCGUGGCCGAACAACAUUCCCAAAUUCUGGCCGGCCCAGCAAGCAGUUAUGGUCCUCCACCAUCCGGCAACAAUGAAAUCGACCACAUUGGCUAUGCCUCACAAAAAUCCCAAGUAACAGCCUUGCCAGAUGGCACCAGCACAAAUGGCUUACCUGGCCUGGAAGGUUUGAAUGUUCUAUCGGCUCAAAAAUCGCAAUCCAUACACUUUAGUUCGCAAACCGGAACCUCCAACAACAAUGGCCAAAGCCAAACUUAUCAAGUACAAUUUGGUGGCAAUUCCGGUUCAAAUCAUGAUGACAUCUUAUCAGCUGACCUCCUACAAACCGUACUCAAUGCCGUCGAACAACCCCAGCAACAACAUCAACCCUUGCCACCAAAUCACAAGGCAGAGGCACGUUCAGAUAUUGACAUACACGCCGAAGCGGCUGACGCCGAAGAAGAUGAAAACGAACCAGAUGUGGCCAAGCAGGCAUCCGAAAAAGUGGAAGUCAAAGUGAAACCGGACGAAAACGAAGAAACGCCAGCUGAUGUAAAGGAAUUGAAACCCAUUGUGGUCAAGGAAGAAAAUGAAGCUAAGCAUUAA